CAUUUUCUUUACCGGUAUUCACUUUGCUUAUUUCCAGUAAUAUCACAUUUGUAUUUCUCUCCCUUAUUAUGUGUCCUCUCAUUUUGUCUGUAUACAUUCUUCCAUGCUUUUUGUCCCCAUCUCAAUUGGUUUUCAUUGCAUAUGGGUUGACUCUUUCUUAAUGGUGAGAUUUACAUUGGACCAAAGUGCUACAGCUGUGUGAACCCUACCUAAAGCUGAUGGACUCUUCCAACAGUCUUCUAGCAAAUCAUCAUCUCCUGGUGAAGAUCAGACAAGGGGCAAUUAGAGCAUGCGUACACAUACAAGAAUGGGAAAAAUCCGUUGAGAUGGGACAACUGAACAUAGAGUCUUUAAGAUAUCACUAUGGACCAUACAGUGCCUCGCUGGGGACUCACCUCCUGGGCAUGGGUAAUGUACUGCUUCAAAUGGGGAGACUUCAGGAGGCCAGAAAAUAUCUCACAGAGGCAAAGAGUGUUUUGGAGGUAACGCAUGGUCCACAGCAUUCAUUCAUGAUGACACCGUUCGUGCAAAAACUACUUGAUCUGUAGAUGUAGAUAAUGCAUGGCUAACAACUUUCCCGAAGGUCACCCCUUCUGUCUGUAACUGCAGAUAACACGUCAUGUCUAGCGUCAGUUACUGAUGUCAACAUAAAUACGAGAAAUUUCUCUGUAGCAGUAGAUGACACGGGAAAUACUGAAGAUGGACGGACAGAUCAACAGUGAGAAUAAGAUCGAAAGGAAACAAGAAGAGACAUAUUAAACAAGUUUGAGAAGCUUGUAUGCAUACAAUUAAUUCGAAAUGUAGUCAUUGUAGUUUGUUCGACCCAGUUGGGUAAAUGUGUAGGACUCGUUGUUCCUUGAAAUGCACUGUGCGCUGAUUAAUUACGGCUGCCGGAGCUAAAGCUAGGAUAAUAAUAUUUCCAAAACUCUUUGGACGCGCAUAGAGACGUUAUGUAAUGUGAUAUGCGCUAUACAAGAACCGAAUAUUAUUAUUAUUACUUAAUUUAUUUCUUGUACAUUUAGAAUUUUGAACACCAGGGCCCUGUUUCAUAAAACUUGUUUUCAAUAACAUGU